AUGAUUAUGAAAGUCUUUCAUCUAACUUAUCAACCGUAUCGACCGUAUCAACUGCUUUAAAAAGCAAAAAUAAACAUUAUUCAAAUAACGAAUAUUAUGAUAACGAAUCUGAUGAUUUUCAUGAAGAAUCUUGUGAUGUUAAAGAUGAAAAACCAAAAAUUGAUAAAGAAAAAUUUAUGAAGGUAUUCGGCAAAAUUCCUGAAAAUUCAAAAAUGAAAUUAGGUAGCGGAAGAAUUGUAGAAGAUAUUUUAUUCGAAUAUUCAAAAGAUAAAGUGUAUGAAGAUCUCACACAUUCGUUUAUAAUCAAUUGUAAUGAUGAAGAAGUAAGGAGUUUAUUUUCUAUGAAUGAAUGGGCAGAAUUAACAAAAGAAAAUCAACUAGAAGAUUUUCAAAUGCCAGAUAAAUUAGUGAAUUUCAUGAGCAAUUAUAAUAAAAGUAUAUUAAAAGAUAUCCGGUCUGAUAUUAUGAGAUCUUACUUUAAGGAAGGUGAAAUCUAUGAUCCUUCUUUACAUUACGACAAGGAAUGGCUCCAUGGAUCAAUAAGAACAAUA